AGAGGGUUUCACCAUGUUGGCCAGGAUGGUCUUGAUCUCUUGACCUUGUGAUCCGCCUGCCUCAACCUCCCAAAGUGUUGGGAUUACAGGCGUGAGCCACAGGGCCCGGCCUCGUGUGUUCUCUUUUUUCUUAAUUUGGUUAGAGAUUUAUCAGUGUUAUUGAUCAUCUCAAAAAACUAGUUUUUGGUUUCAUCAUUAUCUUCAUAUUUUGUUUUCUAUUCAUUGAUUUCUGUACUUUUGCUUAUUAUUUCCUUUUUCUGCUUACUUUGGCUUUCGUUGCCUUUCUUUCUCUAGUUCUCAUUUGAGACCUUUCUUUUUUUCUUAUAUAAUUUUUAAUGCUAUAAAUUUUGCUUUAAACAUUUCCUUAAUUAUAUUCCACAAUUUUCCUUAUGUUAUGUUUUUAUUAUUAUCCUGGUAAAAAUAUUUCCUAGUGAUAUUUGUGAUUUCUUCUUUGACUCAUUGGUGUUUAGAAGUGAGUUAACUUCUAGAGACAUUUGGGGUCCUUUCUAGAUUACUUGUUGUUGCAGAUUCCUAAUUUAUGACUGUUGUGGUCUGGAAACACUCUGCAAGAUAUUGAUCUUUUGAAAUCUGUUGAGACAAGCACAUGGCCUGUCCUGACGAAUGUUUCACAUACAGUUGGAGAGAGUGUGCGUUCUGAAGUUGUUGCUGAUUAUUUUCUCUAAGUGUCAAUUCAGUUUAGUUCGUAGUGUCAUUUGAAUCUCCUGUAUACCUUUUUCUUUUUGUCUACUUGUUGUAUUACUGAGAACAGCAUGUUAAAAUUUCCAGCUAUUAUUGUAGAUUUUCUAUUUUUCCCUUUGGUUUUACUAGUUUUUGUUCAUAUAUUUUGGCAUUCUGUUAUCAGAUGUGUAUCUGUUUGUAAUUGUUGUCUCUUCCUAUUGUAUUGAGCAGGAACUAUCAUUUUUGUCUUAUAAUAGUCAUUCUAUUGAAGAAUAUUUUGUGUGCUAUUAAUACAGCUACUACAGGCCAUGUGCAGUGUGGCUCGUGCCUGUAAUCCCAGCACUUUGAGAAGCCAAGGCAGGAGGAUUGCUUGAGGCCAGGAGUUUGAGACCAGCCUGGGCAACACAGUGAGACUCCCAUCUCUAAAAAAAAAAAAACAUGUUUAGGACAUCAGCCAAGCAUAAUGACAUAUGCCUGUGGGUCCUACAGAGGAAGCCCAAGCAGGAGGCAGCUGAAGCAGGAGGAUCUACAUAGGAGGCUGAAGUGGAUAGCUUGAAUCUAAGAGUCGGAGGUUACAGUGAACUCUGAUCACACCACUGCACUCCAGACUGAACAACAACAGAACAAGGCCCUGUCUUAAAACACACAUGCAGAGCCAGGCACAGUGGCUCAUGCCUGUAAUCCCAGCACUUUGGGAGGCUGAGGUGGGCAGAUCACAAGGUUAGGAGUUUGAGACCAUCCUGGCUAACACGGUGAAACCCCGUCUCUACUAAAAAUAGAAAAAUUAGCCGGACGUGGUGGCGGGUGCUUGUAAUCCGAGCUACUCAGGAGGCUGAGGCAAGAGAAUGGCGUGAACCCGGGAGGUGGAGCUUGCAGUGAGCUGAGAUCAUGCCAUUGCACUCCAGCUGGGCGACAGAGCAAGACUCUGUCUAAAAAAAAAAACCAAACAGCACAUGCACACUCACACGCACACUCAGCUAUGAUGGCUUUCUUAUGCUAGCUGUUUGCGUGGUAAAUUAUUUUCCAUCCUUAAAUUUUAAUUUCCACCUCUUUCUGUCUCUUGAAGACAACAUAAGGUUGGUUCUUGCUUUCUUAAGUCAGUCUGACCAUUUGUGCCUUUUGCUUGGGAUACUUCAUUUAUGUUUGAUGCAAUUAUUUAAAUGGUUAUAGUUACAUGAUAUUCUCCAUCUGUCUCAUAUGUGUUCUGUUCCUCAGUUUAUUCUUUCUUGCCUUCUUAUUCAUUCAUUAAUGUUAUAUUUUCUUUGGACAUAUUUUUCUUCAUUCAUUGGUGGAAGUAAAUUUCCAUAUCAUUAUUUUAUCCAGUAAGGCCAAGCUCCACUGUGUUCAAAUUUACAUUCCCACCUAGGUCCCUUUCUCAGUUACCUUUUUCAAUCUUUUAACUUUUGUUUUUUUUUUUUUUAAUUUUAUGUUUCUCUAUAGUUUUAUGGUUAUAUCCAUUCUAUCUCCUUCUAUAUAUUCUUAUUUUAUAAGUGGUGGGCAACAAGCAUGCCCACAGACAUGACGCGAAGCAGAAAGCUGACCGUGAGAGUGACGAGAGGAGGCCUAUCCCUGCUGCCUUGCCCUGGAGCUGCUCCUCUGGUAGCUUGAAUCCAUUUCUUUCACAUCCAGUCUUCAUUCCCUCAGCAACCCAACAGGAGCCACUCAAGACCCAUGAGCCAGAUGGACGACCAUCGUUAUUCUGGGGCAGGCAGCAGCUUCCAAGAAGAUGGCCUUGCAAUUCCAGGUCACGACUGCGUGCUGCCUUCGGAGGAACGACUCACCACAAAUCCAGAUUCUGCUGUGCGUGGCCGUCAAAUGUGAGGCCAUCUGGGGACGUGUCACGGGGACUGGGGUGGACAUAAGUCACCUUUCUAGCUACCUGUUGGAUAACCUUUCUAUAUUUGAUGAAAAGUAGUACCUGACUUCCGGACCUGGAGUUUGAAGCUCAGUUUCCAGCUGCCCUGAAACAUGCUUGGGAGACUGACUUGGAAGACAGAACGGCAAGGAAGCGGCGUCUCAGCGUCACUUCCCGCGGGGAGGGGCAGCGUUUGGCGUCCUCUGAGGCUGACUUCUCAGCAGAGGAUCCCUGUGCCUGAGGCCGCGGUGCCCAGAGGUGCCAGGCGGGGCGGGGGAUAUGGUAACUGGGAAACAUAGCCCCGAGCCCAGUUACUGCCCCUCUUAGCUAGGUAGCGAGGAUUCAGUAGUUUGCAGGACUAUGCCUGACACUGUGCCCGGGCGUGGUCUGGGCAGUCUCUUCACAUCAUCCGCUAAGGCAUCUGGGCUUUUUCCUGUCUGUCAGCGGAUGACUCCUUCCUCCGUCGUCCCUCCACGCGUGCGGCCAUCUUUUCAGCAAAGGCAUCUGGGCUUUUUCCCGUCGGUCAGCGGGUGAGUCCUUCCUCCGUCGUCCCUCCACGCGUGCGGCCAUCUUUUCAGCAAAGGCAUCUGGGCUUUUUCCCGUCGGUCAGCGGGUGACUCCUUCCUCCGUCGUCCCUCCACGCGUGCGGCCAUCUUUUCAGCAAAGGCAUCUGGGCUUUUUCCUGUCGGUCAGCGGAUGACUCCUUCCUCCGUCGUCCCUCCACGCGUGCGGCCAUCUUUUCAGCAAAGGCAUCUGGGCUUUUUCCUGUCGGUCAGCGGGUGACUCCUUCCUCCGUCGUCCCUCCACGCGUGCGGCCAUCUUUUCAGCAAAGGCAUCUGGGCUUUUUCCUGUCGGUCAGCGGGUGACUCCUUCCUCCGUCGUCCCUCCACGCGUGCGGCCAUCUUUUCAGCAAAGGCAUCUGGGCUUUUUCCCGUCGGUCAGCGGGUGACUCCUUCCUCCGUCGUCCCUCCAUGCGUGCGGCCAUCUUUUCAGGAAAGGCAUCUGGGCUUUUUCCUGUUGGUCAGCGGGUGACUCCUUCCUUCGUCGUCCCACCAUGCGUGCGGCCAUCUUUUGUUGCGUGCCUACUCUGUCGAUGUCAGGCUGGGGACACACAGGACCGACCGAGCAUGGCUCCUGAGGUGGUUUCCACGGAUGCAUCUCUGCUCUGGCAAACCAUGGCCCCGUCAUUGACAGGCCAGCGCCCGCCAGCCCCUCAAGUCUUGGGUGUACCAGGACAAGUCCCAGGUGGCCUUGGAAUGAACAAGCCCCUCCCUUCUCACGCGUACUUCUCGAGAAUACCUGAAGAAUGUGCCAGGAAUGCAACCACCUGGUCUAGAAAAGGACCGGCCGGACAGCCCUGGCUCUGCUCCUGUGCCUCCUAGGGCAGGAUGUCCCGCACACUGUAGCCCUGGGAGUCACCCCUGGCUGUGGAACCCAGAGCAGAGUGCACCUUUGGGAUCCCUCAGCUGUGGUGUGAAGUGGGACACACAUAGACAAGGCUCCAUUCGUUCUGGGCAGCUUUCCCAAGCCUCGGGGACCCGCUCACCAUGGAUCCUAAGCUUCUGCUGUUCCCUGCUGCCUGCCUUAGAGACGGGGUUUCACUGUGUUAACCAGGAUGGUCUCAAUCUCCGAACCUCAUGAUCCGCCCGCCUCGGCCUCCCAAAGCGCUUGGAUUACAGGCAUGAGCCACCGCACCCAGCCCAGAGAGUUGCCAUUCUAACAUUCAUACCCAUGGCAGCAGGAUUCUCUCCCUACGCUGGUGUGACCCACAUGCAGGGCACGCACACAUGUGAGGGGCGCCCGCUGCGAGGAGGUGGUGCCUGCGCCCCCUCCAGGCUGCACCUCAACCUGUCCCACCCUAAAGUGAGACGGACUGGAUCCCCCACCGGCCAGGGCUGCUUCGCAUCACACCGGUUCCCCCUGCUCUCUGUGCCAUCGUCCUCUCCAUGUGGCUUCCCAAACCACGGACACCUGGCAUCUCCAUCAGCCUUGGCCCUGGGUACAGUGAGUGUUUUCCAUGCAUUUGUGGGAUUUUUAAAAUAAACUUCUGUUGCCCUCGUUAGAUUAUAGGCCUUGUGAGAACAGGGACCAAGUCUUUUAUGGAUGAGGGGCGGGUGUCCGGAGUUUCAACAUGGCACUUCCAGGGCUACAAGGAGGUAAAUGGAUGAAGAGCUCCUGUUGAGUGGAGACAGAGGAGCCCUGAGGCCUCUUUAUGAAAAAGCAAAAAUAAGCACCAUGGAGCAGGUGGUCGUGCCACUGGUGGGAGUGGGAUCAUCCUGCUAGGCACCAACCACCCCCAACCAACAGAGGAACACAGGCUCUGCCUCCUGCUCCGCAUCUCCUCAUUACACACAGAAAUGUCCUCGGCUCGAGGACAAAAGCCCAUCUGUAUUCAGAUCUGAGCAGGAGUGGGUGCCGCCCUCACAUCUGGAGGGAGCCUGAGACUACCCGACAGGAGCCACAGGUACCACACGGUGAAGACCCCCUUCCAGACACACCCCUGCCCAGCUCCUGUGGACCCUCCCCCAACCUUUGCCAGGGGGGACCGUGGUCCUCUGUGGCGUGUCGUCUGCACCCGUCUUCAUCGGGGGCACUAGCACCUGCCACACACUCAACAGCAUCACUUCCCACUGGAAAAACAACGCCACAAGAUUCUUCUUGGCGAGAACAAACCAGAAAAUGGGACCUGAAGAAGCCGAGAGCCUCGCCUGUGGUCAGACAGCAGCUGAGCAUGGGCAGAGGACAGAGCCCAGGCCGAGGGCCGCGGCCGCCCCCACCCACAAAGACCCCUGUCCUGUCCUGGGUGGAAUUCCCACACCAGCUCAGGAGGAGCCCCACCUCCUCACCCUUCCUUGUCCUCAUUCCAGGGAAAUGGUCUGGAAGAGCACCAGCUCCCCACGGAGCUGACUGUUUCUCUGCUUGCCAAUUUCAUGAGAUUUCUGAUUCUGAGCUCGAAUCUUCUCUCCACUUUCACCUCUUGCCAUUCCUCAUGACCGGUCCAUUUCAACGUCAGGGCCAAUUGUUCCUUGUACAAUUGCAUCUUUUCCACAGUUUAGUACAAGAAACUAGGAUUCUCUUCAUGUAAAAGCUAUUUGAUGACAAACACCUUGUUCUAAGUGACUGCCAGGAAGUGCUUGCUAAUUUUAAAUUCUACAUUAUGAUGAGGCAAAGUUAGUAGGAGCCAAGGGACAGAGCACUCCCAUAUCUCCUCAGACACUCGCCAGGUGCAUCUGUGGAGAAGCCGCCCAGUGAAUCCUUGCAUCUCACAGGUGCUUCUCACAGGGUUCCCCAGAGGCUGUGGACUCCUUGCCGCCCUGAACCUACUCACCUACAAUCACGACGGGCUCCUGGGGCAGGACAAAGCCACAGGUGAGGAACGCUGUGCUGCGGGCGGAAGCUGCUGUCACAGUCGUGUUAGGGUGAGUGGGCUAUGGCUGCAGACUGUGGGCUCCUCCCAGCCAACCCUCACUCCCGCUAGCGCCCCAAAUCCUCAGUCCAGCACCCCUUCCCCGUCCCACCCACUCUCCACACUGAGCCCUCCCAGCCAACCCUCACUCCCGCUAGCACCACAAAUCCUCAGCCCAGCACCCCUUCCCUGUCCCACCUGCUCUCCACACUGAGCCCAGCCACUCCACGCUCCCUUGGGCAGGUGGCAAGGCAGAGCCUGAGGUCAGCUGCCACCCCCAGCCCCACCCCAAGGCCCUCAUGCCCCCAGCAAGGCCUCUCCAGCUCUGCGGUCCCACUCAAGAUGCGCUUAGCUCAUUUCACACGCAGGAAAAAGGGGAAGCCUCUCAGCAGAUCCUUGAAAGGAAGUGACUUUGUGACUAAGUGGAGGCAGGAACAUCAUGGCACAAGGGCACACGUCGCACGCCCAGCUGGGCCCACUGUGGACGGCGCAGAUGCUGCCCUCAGAGCAGCCUCCGAGACAGGCAGCUGCAGCGGUGCAGCCCAGGGCCCUCGCAGAAGCUUCCCUGGGGCCUGGCCUCGUGCUGAGAGAACUCUGCGCUCCUGAGGGCACCUGGCUGUCAUGCACACGUGCUCACACAUGAACACACACACCUACACGUGCGCACACUCACACCGUGCACACACGUAUGUGCACACUCAUGCACGCGUGCACACACGUCUACCAGCUGAGUGCAGUAAAAGAACCACAUGAAAACCUUGCAUCCUGGUUAAAAGUAUGGUGACAACAUGGACAGACAAACUGGAAAAGAUGGGAAGAAACCUUAAGCCCAGGAUCUGGCAGCACAAAGGUGCCUGGAAAGCGACAAUCAGCGUUUUUAUAUUCAGGGAAAUCAGGAACACUGCCACCCGCCCGCCAGGCUGGUGCCCAUGCCAGACCCAGCCAAGGUGCUUCUGGCCACAUCACCCCUGCUGGCCUGCAGGGAGCUGGCCCAGGAGCCGAGAUGCCUAUGGGAGCAGGCAGGGCUUGCUGAGGUGACAGCGGAGAGGAGAGGUCGGGCUUUGUUGCCAGGCAGCCCCCAACAUUCAGGUCCUCUUUCCACCGAAAGCCAUGUGGCCUCAGAGCGGCGUCACCCCGAAGCUUGUCCCAGCCGGGGCCUGACAGCAGGGUUUCCUGGGAGUCCAUGCGUGCCUGGAGCAGCAGCGUCUCCAGGGACAGGCAGCCACCAUGAGCCUCAGUGAGGAGCAGGCCCGGAGCUUUCUGGACCAGAACCCCGAUUUUGCCCACCAGUACUUUGGGAAGAAACUGAGCCCUGAGAAUGUGGCCGCGGCCUGCGAGGACGAGUGCCCGCCGGACUGCGACAGCCUCCGGGAGCUCUGCCAGGUGGAGGAGAGCACGGCGCUGCUGGAGCUGGUGCAGGAUAUGCAGGAGAGCAUCAACAUGGAGCACGUGGUCUUCAAGGUCCUGCGGCGCCUCUGCACCCUCCUGCAGGCCGACCGCUGCAGCCUCUUCAUGUACCGCCAGCGCAACGGCGUGGCCGAGCUGGCCACCAGGCUUUUCAGCGUGCAGCCGGACAGCGUCCUGGAGGACUGCCUGGUGCCCCCCGACUCCGAGAUCGUCUUCCCACUGGACAUCGGGGUCGUGGGCCACGUGGCUCAGACCAAAAAGAUGGUGAACGUCGAGGACGUGGCCGAGUGCCCUCACUUCAGCUCAUUUGCUGACGAGCUCACUGACUACAAGACAAAGAAUAUGCUGGCCACACCCAUCAUGAAUGGCAAAGACGUCGUGGCGGUGAUCAUGGCAGUGAACAAGCUCAACGGCCCAUUCUUCACCAGCGAAGACGAAGAUGUGUUCUUGAAGUACCUGAAUUUUGCCACGUUGUACCUGAAGAUCUAUCACCUGAGCUACCUCCACAACUGCGAGACGCGCCGCGGCCAGGUGCUGCUGUGGUCGGCCAACAAGGUGUUUGAGGAGCUGACGGACAUUGAGAGGCAGUUCCACAAGGCCUUCUACACGGUGCGGGCCUACCUCAACUGUGAGCGGUACUCCGUGGGCCUCCUGGACAUGACCAAGGAGAAGGAAUUUUUUGACGUGUGGCCUGUGCUGAUGGGAGAGUCCCAGCCGUACUUGGGCCCACGCACGCCUGAUGGCCGGGAAAUUGUCUUCUACAAAGUCAUCGAUUACAUCCUCCACGGCAAGGAGGAGAUCAAGGUCAUUCCCACACCCCCAGCCGAUCACUGGGCCCUGGCCAGCGGCCUUCCAAGCUACGUGGCAGAAAGCGGCUUUAUUUGUAACAUCAUGAAUGCUUCCGCUGACGAAAUGUUCAAAUUUCAGGAAGGGGCCCUGGACGACUCCGGGUGGCUCAUCAAGAAUGUGCUGUCCAUGCCCAUCGUCAACAAGAAGGAGGAGAUUGUGGGAGUCGCCACAUUUUACAACAGGAAAGACGGGAAGCCCUUUGACGAACAGGACGAGGUUCUCAUGGAGUCCCUGACACAGUUCCUGGGCUGGUCAGUGAUGAACACCGACACCUACGACAAGAUGAACAAGCUGGAGAACCGCAAGGACAUCGCACAGGACAUGGUCCUUUACCACGUGAAGUGCGACAGGGACGAGAUCCAGCUCAUCCUGCCAACCAGAGCGCGCCUGGGGAAGGAGCCUGCUGACUGCGAUGAGGACGAGCUGGGCGAAAUCCUGAAGGAGGAGCUGCCAGGGCCCACCACAUUUGACAUCUACGAAUUCCACUUCUCUGACCUGGAGUGCACCGAACUGGACCUGGUCAAAUGUGGCAUCCAGAUGUACUACGAGCUGGGCGUGGUCCGAAAGUUCCAGAUCCCCCAGGAGGUCCUGGUGCGGUUCCUGUUCUCCAUCAGCAAAGGGUACCGGAGAAUCACCUACCACAACUGGCGCCACGGCUUCAACGUGGCCCAGACGAUGUUCACGCUGCUCAUGACCGGCAAACUGAAGAGCUACUACACGGACCUGGAGGCCUUCGCCAUGGUGACAGCCGGCCUGUGCCAUGACAUCGACCACCGUGGCACCAACAACCUGUACCAGAUGAAGUCCCAGAACCCCUUGGCUAAGCUCCACGGCUCCUCGAUUUUGGAGCGGCACCACCUGGAGUUUGGGAAGUUCCUGCUCUCGGAGGAGACCCUGAACAUCUACCAGAACCUGAACCGGCGGCAGCACGAGCACGUGAUCCACCUGAUGGACAUCGCCAUCAUCGCCACGGACCUGGCCCUGUACUUCAAGUGCGCGCCUUCCGGGAGGGGGCGCCUCGCGGGGCGGGCGGGUAGCCUGGGACCCCAGGCAGACACGGGGGCGCAGCGGCGGCACAGCCCGGGGGACGCAGCCCCGGAUUCCGUCCCUGCCCGCCGGCCCCGCACACCCCGGAUGGGGCCUCGCUCGGGCUCCGCGCCUCCCUGCAGACGGGCGCUUGGGGCGGGGUCUCCACACUUGCUCCCACCUGCACCUCCCUUGUUCCCUGGGUUCAGGAAGAGAGCGAUGUUUCAGAAGAUCGUGGAUGAAUCCAAGAACUAUGAGGACAAGAAGAGCUGGGUGGAGUACCUGUCCCUGGAGACGACCCGGAAGGAGAUCGUCAUGGCCAUGAUGAUGACAGCCUGCGACCUGUCUGCCAUCACCAAGCCCUGGGAAGUCCAGAGCAAGGUCGCACUUCUCGUGGCUGCUGAGUUCUGGGAGCAAGGUGACUUGGAAAGGACAGUCUUGGAUCAGCAGCCCAUUCCUAUGAUGGACCGGAACAAGGCGGCCGAGCUCCCCAAGCUGCAAGUGGGCUUCAUCGACUUCGUGUGCACAUUCGUGUACAAGGAGUUCUCUCGUUUCCAUGAAGAGAUCCUGCCCAUGUUCGACCGACUGCAGAACAAUAGGAAAGAGUGGAAGGCGCUGGCUGAUGAGUAUGAGGCCAAAGUGAAGGCUCUGGAGGAGAAGAAGGAGGAGGAGAGGGUGGCAGCCAAGAAAGUAGGCACAGAAAUUUGCAAUGGCGGCCCAGCACCCAAGUCUUCAACCUGCUGUAUCCUGUGAGCACCGGUCCCGUGGGGACCCUAUGGCUCCCUCAAUCUUCACCCACUAGGAUUUGGGUUCUGCCUGUGGCUAUUUGCUACAAGAGGUUAGGAAGCCCAAGAAAAUGACUGAAGAUCAUUCUGGAUAUUUUAAUUUUUUUAAUUUUUUUUUUUUUUUUUUUGAGAUGGAGUCUUGCUCUGUCACCCAGGCUGGAAUGCUGUGGCACGAUCUCAGCUCACUGCAACCUCCACCUCCCAGGUUCAAGCGAUUCUCGUGCCUCAGCCUCCUGAGUAGCUGGGACUACAGGCGCCCACCACCACACAUGGCUAAUUUUUGUAUUUUCAGUACAGAUGGGGUUUCACCAUAUUGGGCAGGCUGGUCUCGAACUCCUGACCUCAGGUGAUCACCCCGCCUCAGCUUCCUGAAGUGCUGGGAUUACAGGCAUGAGCCACCACGCCCAGCCUGUUUUUAUAAACUGAAGCCAACUGUGAAUAAACUGUAGCCUACAUUACUCAUCCAUUUUUGGAUAGUUACCACGGGGAGACCUUUGAAAAGGGUCCAUGAACUCUGAAAUCACUGAGAACAUUUGCAGCCACACAUGUACAUAUGUGUAGACAGAUGGACACAGGCCGUUUCUCAUCCGGUUUAGGAAAACACACAUGCUCAGGAAUUCAGAAUAAAAUAAACAGAAAACUACUUGCCCAUUA